UUUAUUUAAUAAUAAAGGGAUCGCUAAGCUUUAUUGCUGGUGUGGUGCUCACCUGAUAUCCCAAGCAAGUUCGAUAUUCUCGACUUAAAUAGGCUGGCCAUUUUACUAAGCAAAGCUGAAGUAAGCCUAGCUAGCUAGCCAGAAUACUGAAGGUGUGUGGUGUGUUGUGGCUGGACGGCGGCGAUGGCUGAGCUCACGGCGGGCGCCGUGAGCUCGCUGUUGGGCCUCAUCCGCAACGCGGAGCUGAUGAUGUCGGGCCGCGCCAAGGAGGACAUGCAGUUCAUCAAGGAUGAGAUGGACAGCAUCAACGGCACCCUCAUGUACCUCACCGAGAAUAAGGCCUCCCACAACGACCAGGUCCGGGUGUGGAUGAGGCAGGUCCGUGAUAUCGCCUACGUCGCCGACGACUGCAUCACGCUCUACCGCCGCGACCUCACCCCGCCGGAGCCGGGCUUCUGGCCCUGGCUCCGCCACGUCCCGACGUGGCUGAGCACGGUGCCCACCCGCCAUCGCCUCGCCAAGAAGAUCCACGAGCUCAAGGACCGUGUCCGCGACGUCGGCGAGCGGCGGCAGAGGUAUGGAGUGGUGGGGGAGAUCCCGACGAAGAAUGCGGCGUCUUCUUCCGGCCACGGGUCUCAGACGGCGCCGUCUUCUGAUGCUGCGGCGGCCACAGCUGCAGCUGAUGCUCGAGCAGAUGAAGAGGACGACGACCAGAAUCAUGCAGCAACGGCGACCGUCGUCGAUGGUCGUCCUGACCGCCGAAGAGCUCUAGAGCCUCGCACUCUAGAGGACUACUGCUGCGAGAACCUGCACAAGUGGCUCAAGGAAUUCAACACAAAGAGGGGUUCAAUGGUGCCAUUUAUCGCUGUUGAGGCACCGCGUCCAGAGGAUGCCGCCGCCGUUUCUUCAAUAGUCUCGUAUGUGGCGGCGGAGGCAGCUGGUUUCAAUCCCGCAGUCUGGGUCAAUCUCCCGCUGCUGCACGCGGAAUUUGAUCUGCCACUUGAACCCUGGGAAAUUCUCUGCUACAUCCUGGGGGAGCUCAAGCCUCGAUCCCAGCCCGUACAAGCACAAGGCAGCAGAGAUAAACGCAAGCAGAAGCAGGAGGAGGGAGGCAAAGAUGACAAGGCCAUGGGCAGUGACGACGACGACGACAACCUUCAAUCGCAAGCCUCCGAUGAAAAAUGGCAAGUGUUUGAUGAAAUGUGGGAAGAGAUAGAAAAAAGGAAUUUCGACGACCGCAUUGAACAACUCAAGACGAAGAUCGACAGCAUCAAGGACAAGAAAACGACCAAUGAAAUCGAGAAAACGGUGAGAAGCCAAGAAAAGGUUAAUCUCAACGCUCUUGUCUACAAUAAACCUUUGGGCAUACUUUUCCUGGCAUUGCUGCCUCCCAUGCCAAAUGAUGUAAAGUCGGUGAGGCGUGCCCUGCGUACCUUAGCAUCGGGCGAGGCGAAUAUUAUCAGAAAAAUUGCAGAGGCGCUUAAAAUUCAUAUGGAAGUAUCAGAGGUGAACAAGAUUCAUCUCAGUAAGAAGCAAUAUGUAAACAUCCUGAGGGAAGUGUUCCCGACAGUCAGCAGCACGCCACUGAAGCAGGAUAAAUCUACCACCAAGUCCACUGCACUAGGACCAAGUGCUGCUGCUACUAUGUUAGGCAAGGAUCAAAUCAAAGAAAUUGUCCACAAGGCUAUACUAGACAAGCAAUUGGAGAAGCACUUGGAAGUGGCUGAUGCUAUUGAAGAAACUAAGAACAAGAUAGGGGAUAUCAAGGAGAAGAUUAAAGUCCAGCUGGUGAUCCAAGGGAUUGUGGACAAGAUCAAAGACCAUUUGGAGAAGGAUAAAAGGACCCUGAUUAUCCUCCAAGAUGAUAAAGGCUUCUUGUCUUCGUGCGAGGAGACCACCAUGAAUGCUUUAAGCCUACUGGGUUACACUUGCGCUGAUGCAAUGGUCGUGGUUAUCACAAAGGAAAGCCAAGUGGCCAAUAAAUUUUGCUAUCCACCGCGAGAGCCUAUUACCUAUUCUAUUGCUGGUCUCUAUCAUGAUACCGUGCUCCAGCUUACAAGUCAGCAGGCGAAACAAAACAAUAACUACAAUUCCCAGCUUUUCCGUGACAUCUUGGACAAGUGUGAUCCAGAUGAGUUCUGCAUGAAGAUGUUUGCUCAUGCUUUGUAUGCUGAACCCAAUAGGAGCAACAAUGAUCUGCGCGAGUUGUAUAAAACCCUGGUUCCACAAAAAUCGCUAGCCAGUAAUGCUUCCAAGGCUAGUCCUGAGCCUGACAAAAGCAAUGACAGCACCCAACUGGUCUCAGAAGAAUCAUCGUUGUGCAACAAUGCUAAGAAGAUAUUCGAGUUCUCCUACAACGACAUGCCUACAGAAUACUUGUCCUGCUUGCUGUACCUAGCUAUCUUCCCUCAAGGCCAAAGCAUCAGGAGAUCAACCUUACAAGCACGGUGGGUUGUAGAAGGGCUGAUAACCGGGAAGGACGAUUGGCCUAGUGCAGACUGUGCGGUGCGUAAUGCUGAGAGAUGUUUUGACGUGCUCAUCGAUCGGUGGCUUGUUUAUCCAGGGGAUGUUACCGCUGCAGGAAAGGUCAAGAGCUGCAUGGUAGACAAUCUUGUUCAUGAGUUCAUCACCAAGGCUGCCAAGGAGAAACAAUUUGUGAAGGAAAGCCAAUUGCAUCACUUGGCUCACCACUUUUCUAUUUUUUGCAAUCUCCGACUCCGCCGCUCUGACAACAUCGAAAAGUUCAUGCAAAAUCUCAAGUAUUUUUCACCUUAUUUGCAACUGCUCAAGGUGCUGGAUCUAGAAGGCUGCCAAUCAUUUGACAAGAACAACCACUACCUCGAAGACAUCUGCAACAAAGUUUUACUGCUUAAGUAUCUGAGCCUAAAGGACACAAAUGUUGCCCACCUGCCCAAUGCUAUCAAUAACCUUCAUGAGCUGGAGGUAUUAGAUAUCCGGCAAGCCAAGGUACCUGAGAUUGACACAAACUCUAUCAUGCUUUUCAAUCUGAAGCGACUACUGGCAGGUCAAGUUUAUCCAAGCCCAAGAUACAAUAGCACCGGCAUGUAUCUCAAACGACAUGAAGAGACAAUAUCAUCCAGUGUGCGGAUUCCUCGCAAGAUUGAGAAAAUGGUUAAAAUGGAAGUAAUGUAUAGUGUCAACGUUUCACGGGAUGGUAAUAUGUUGACAGAGAUUGGAAAGCUACGGCAACUAAGAAAGCUUGGUGUGGUUAUCGACGACCAUGAUGGUCACCUCAGGAAGUUGCUUCAGGUGAUCAGUGACCUGAGUGGGUCCCUCCGGUCUUUAUCGAUCACUCUAAUUGGAACAGGAAGUGAGCAGGCUCCUUCCAGCGAAGAGACAUCUGCAGAUUGCUUGAAACAACAUCCCAAGCUUCUAGAGAGCUUAAGCAUCAGUGGAGUGAUAGACAAGGUGCAGCUUCUACCAUUGUUGGCCAUAGGUCAGGGCAACCGUAACCUUGCCAAGGUAACUAUUAGUGGGACCAUGCUGAAGCAAGAGGAUCUGAAAAAAGACAUCGCCAAGCUCCACAAUCUAUGCUGUUUUAGGCUCAGGCAUCGAUCAUACGACGAUGAGAAAAUCACUUUUGAAGAGAAUGAGUUCCUGGAACUCAAAUACCUUAUCAUAGAGGGCACCAACAUGAUGAGCAUUAUAUUUAAACAAGGAGCAGCCCCUAAGAUUGAGAAGAUUAUCCUGUCCUUCACGUCCACAACUCAUAUUGCUGGAAUUGUUGACCUUCCAAACCUGAAGGAGCUUGAGCUGAAAGGGAAUAAUAAUGAUCGGAAGCUUGUUGCAUGUCUUGCCGGUGCUCCUCACCUUUCCAGGUUAACACUCGAUGGUACCUUGCUGGAUCUCAAUGAACUGAAAAUACUGGCCGAGCUACCAAGCUUGCGCAGCCUCAUUCUCCUGCAACAGUCUUGCGUCAGAAGUAGCCUCAACUUCAACAAUGGUGAGUUCAGCAAGCUCAACCUCCUUGUUGUUAAUUGCUCGAACAUCACCAGCAUCAGCUUCACAGACGAAGGAGCAGCACCUAAGCUCGAGAAGAUCACCUGGUCCUUCACUACCAAGAUGUUGUCCCUCUCUGGCAUCUGCUACCUUCCGCAACUGAAGGAGCUCGAGCUCAACGGUAAAAUUAUCCCUGAUCAGGUGAUACAAGACAUUAAGGAACAUAAAAACAAACCUAUUUUUAAUCACCAGUAAGAUCGAAAAGGAGCAGAAGAAGAGAAACAACAGAUGCAAACGUAUGCAUCCUUCAUUCGUCCAUGUAAAGUUGGUGUGUGCUAGCUGCAUGCUUUGUUACAAAUAAACUUGUGUCGAUCUGCUUUGUGUUUC